UGCAAUCAGUGCGAAACAUCCAACCCAAUGCCCCAGUUUUCACAAAUGACAAUAUUAGAAGUAGACACUUUGAACCUACCUUUACAAUUAACUCUAUCCUUAAUAUCCCAAAUUAUGUCGUUCCUCUGUAACCAGAGGUGAUAACCACUGCACCUAAACUCAACUCACAUAGAGUAGCACUAAAGCUUCCAGCUAGCCCUCCAAUCCCUUAAGCCAAGAGACAGAACAACCUUAGCCCAAUCUAUAGGUGAAUGAUUGUGAAUUCCAUGGAAUUUUUGUACAGCUUGUAACCCACCCAUAUAUGAUAUAUGAUAUAUGUCUACAUAAUUUCUUAUGGGAAUUAUGCAAAUGAGAAAUCCGGGUGUCCCAAGACCAAGCCUUCUUCCAUGGACGCAAUCUACAAGUUGCACGCUCUUCUCCUCAAGACCGGCCUUCACGAUGACCCUCUCUAUCUCCGACGCCUCCUGCUUUCUUGCGCCGCCGCUGCCCCUCACAGCCUGUCUUACGCUCGCUCCCUCUUCGCCCACAUUCCCUCUCCAGACAUCUUCGCCUACAACACCCUCAUCAGAGCCCAUGCCCACUCCUCUCCUUCCCACGCCCUUUCGCUCUUCUCUCAGAUGCGCCUGGCUGCCGUCUCGCCCGACGCCUUCACUUUCCCAUUCCUUCUCAAGGCCUGCGCUCGUCUCCAGCUCGGUCAAGGCCUUCACUCACUCAUCAUUAAGCUUGCUUUUGAUUCUGACAUUUACGUUCAGAACUCGUUGAUAAGCUUCUACGGCCGCUGUGGUUCUGUUCAGCUUGCUUCUAAGCUGUUCCAAGAAAUGCUCGAGAGGGACUUGGUCUCGUGGUCGUCCAUCAUUGCUUGCUUUGCGAACAAUGGUUUCGGGUUUCAAGCUUUGGACCUGUUUCGGCAAAUGCAGCUCUCGGUCUCCGAGGAUAUAAAACCCGAUGAGAUUACUAUGCUCAGCGUAAUAUCGGCGGUUUCAAGCUUAGGGGCGUUGGAAUUGGGUCAGUGGGUUUAUACUUUUAUCCGCAGAAGCGGGCUGGAGCUUUCUGUUUCACUGGGUACUGCGCUUGUUAAUAUGUACUCGAGGUGUGGGUCCAUUGAGGAAUCGAUUCGAGUGUUUGAUGAAAUGCCUGUUAGAAACCUAUUGACAUGGACGGCGUUGAUUAAUGGGCUUGCAGUGCAUGGCCGUAGUAGAGAAGCUCUGAGGGUCUUUUACGAGAUGGAGAAAUCUGGCUUCUGCCCGGAUCAUAUCACUAUUACCGGGGUCUUAGUUGCUUGUAGCCAUGGUGGUCUUGUUGAAGAGGGUUGGCAAUUUUUUGAAAGCAUUAGAAAAAAGUAUGACAUGGAACCACUGCUUGAGCAUUAUGGUUGCAUGGUUGAUCUCCUUGGCCGGGCAGGCUUGCUUUAUGAGGCCUAUGACUUUGUGGAAAGAAUGCCAAUGAAGCCAAAUUCUGUGGUUUGGAGAACUCUGCUUGGAGCCUGUGUAAAUCAUAACCAUCUUGAGCUGGCAGAGAAAGUGAAGCAGAGGAUCUAUGAGCUUGACCCUUUUCAUGAUGGUGAUUAUGUGCUCUUAUCAAAUGCGUAUGGUGUAGUUGGUAGAUGGGUUGAGAAGGAAGGAGUGAGGAAUUUUAUGAGGGAAAAGAGAAUCAGCAAAAAUCCCGGCUAUAGUAUAAUCAACAUUGACCAAGUGAUUCACGAGUUUGUUUCUGGAGAUAGUUCGCAUCCCCAAUCUGAGGAGAUUAGGAAAUUCUUAGUUUCAAUAAUCGAAAACUUAAGGCUUGGAGGUUAUACUCCCUAUACAUGUAAUGUGUUACAUGACAUUGAAGAAGAGGAUAAGGAGCAUAGUCUUGGUUAUCACAGUGAGAAAAUGGCCGUUGCUUUUGCACUCCUUAGAUAUAAGGAUAGCAGGACGAUAAGGAUCAUGAAGAAUCUUCGAAUUUGUCAUGAUUGCCAUAGUUUCAUGAAGCAUGUUUCAGAUAAAUUUGAUAGAGAAAUCAUCAUUCGGGAUCGAAACCGGUUCCAUCAUUUUGUUAAGGGAUCAUGUUCUUGUAGGGAUUAUUGGUGAAGGAUGCUCUACUGCCAUUACUUUUUCCUUUUUCUUUUUUCAUAUUGAUAGCUCAAUGAGAUAACUCUAGAGUAAAAUGCAUGUGGUCAAUGUGGAACUGGCGUGUUACAACCUAUGUCAACACUGUUUAUUGAUAGAUAAAAUAUUUAAUUAGGCAAUAUCAUAGUUAGGUCGUUUCCUCAGCUACAAGGACAUUGAUAGGUUGGUGCCAUUUCGGUUUCAUAAUGUUGAGAAAGAUCUAUUUGUGUUGAAGAAAUUAUGUGAAUUCAGUUACAUUUAUCCGAAUGA